AUGUCCACCAAGGUCUUCUUUGACUUGGAGUGGGAGGGUCCCGUCCUCGGUCCCAACGGCAAGCCCACUGCCCAGGUUGCUGUCCAACAGGGCCGCAUCAACUUCAACCUCUUCGACAAAGAGGUUCCCAAGACCGCGGAGAACUUCCGAGCUCUCUGCACCGGCGAGAAGGGCUUCGGCUACAAGGGCUCUUCGUUCCACCGCAUCAUCCCCGAGUUCAUGCUUCAGGGUGGUGACUUCACCCGUGGCAACGGUACCGGUGGCAAGUCCAUCUAUGGCGAGAAGUUCGCCGAUGAGAACUUCAACCUCAAGCACGACAGGCCCGGCCUCCUCUCCAUGGCCAACGCUGGCCCCAACACCAACGGCUCGCAGUUCUUCAUUACCACCGUUGUGACUAGCUGGCUCGACGGCCGCCAUGUUGUCUUCGGCGAGGUCGCUGACCCGGAAAGCUUCAAGGUCGUCAAGGCUAUUGAGGCUGCUGGCUCGCAGUCCGGUGCCGUCAAGUAUGGCAAGAAGCCUACCAUCACCAACUCUGGCACCCUAUAA